UUUGCGGUACGACACGAUGAAUGCAGCGCCCGAUUUUGGUACCACAAUCCGGCAGAACAGUUCACCGAAGCAUGACUUUCCGCUGCAGAAUGGACCGAACCAUCCGGGCGAGUACCAGAAUUACAUCGGCGCUGGUGGAGGCGGUGGUGGCGUUGGCAUGGGAAUGCAAAGUCAGCAACAGCAGCAACAGCAGCAGCAGGAUUUGACCAUCGAUGGUAUACCGAACAAUUUCCCCCAUCGACGAUCGCGAGCGUCGAGAACGUUCAAGAAUCCACCCCAACCUCACAUGUGCAUCAAGGAGCGUACCGUCGACGGGAAGGAGGUGUUCAUCAACGUGCUCAGCUGGACGCGUAUCGCCAAUCCGGACAAUCCGGACGCACCGAUACCGCUGUAUGGUGGCAUGAAAGUGGGCAAGAUACCACCCGGUAGCCCGAAAGCGCCACCUCUAGUCUAUGCCGUGAUGGCCAGCCCCGAGGUACUGAAGAAGGCUGGUCGUAAAUGUCCUGACACACCGGAACGAAUGAAUCUGGUCGAUUUGAUGUGCGAGUUUGUGGAGGCCAUGAAUCCUUCUUUGCAUCUCUCCAGAAAACCUGAAAUACUCAAGGAUCGUGACUUGUCCGGUGAGCUGAAAGACGUGUGGAGUGCGGUACAGGCGUGUCGUGAUAAGGGCCGUUCGGAUAAUGGUCCUCCCGAGAAUCUAGUCGUGUACACCGAAUUCGGUCCGGACAGUGCACCCAGCUACGAGCAAACGAUACAGCAGCAUCAGCAGCAACAACAACAUCAGCAAAAUCAGCUACAAUAUCAACAACAAUACGAUCAGCUUCCAAAUUUACAAGAACAACAGGGCCGUUUUCCAUUAUCAGUUGCCUCGGCGCAACAACAGCCACAACAACAACAACAACAACAACACCAUUACCCUUAUCAUCAUCAACAUCAAAGUGCAAUUAAUCACAACAACCACAACAACAGCCACUCCUCCGUACUAAGCAGUAUUGAACAGCAGAUCUCAACGAUAUCCGUUGCGGACGGUUCCAGUCCACUGGAAGGUACCAACGGUAGCAUCACGUCAGCUUCCGCGAACGGUUCGAACGUCCUUCCCGAUGAGAUGAUGCUAACGAAGGAAACCGAAAGUCUGAAACUGUCUUCUAGCAAUGGUACGGCAAGCAAAACCAACGGAACCACACUGCCUAACACGGAUACUGGUGCGAAUGCGACAGCGCCGCCCCCCACAAUGACCUCGUCCUCUUCUCCAACUGUGCCACAAACGUCACCGACAAACGCCAGUACGCCAGCAUCGGUGAUGCCUGCAAAAGAGCCGACAAAAAGCUCCUCGGGACACAACUUUUUUCCGAUGUUUCGAUCGUCGAAAAGUAGUAAUAGUAGUAGUGCUAGUGGUACUACUAACAGUAAUGGCGGCAGUAGCUCUUCUACCAACAACGGACAGCUAAGCACAGGUACUGGAGAUAAACCUUCCGUCAAUGGCGAUUCAACGGCGGGAUCCACUCCGACCGGUGACAAUGGCACGCCGGAACCGACGAAAGCAACUAAACCGAGCAGUAAAAAGAGUGGAUUAAACUUUUUCCGACGAAAUAAAUCAUCGACGGACGCGGGCAGCAAGAAGGAACCGUCGACCCCAACCAAACAACCUCCAGCCGGUGGUGGUGUACUACCAACCGGAAUCUCUUCCGCAACGUCCGCUCCUGCAACGCCGGCCGCAACUGGUGCAGCGGCUACCGGAUCGGAAGCAAAACUGCAAACGCUUAUGGAUAAUGAUGCCAUAUCGCACGGAAAUCAUCGUGUUGGCCAUCAUCCCUAUCAUCUGGAUAAUGGUGGGAAUGGUGGUAACGGCGCUGGAGAUGGUGCUAAUAGUGGAGGGUCUAGUGGAGAAAUACUUGAAGCAAGUGCGGCCACUAUCGCAGCAAAGUAA